UUUCGGGGCGUGAUCUGCAGAGAAGCGAAAGUGAAACACGAUCUGUUUGUGAAAUGUGAAGUGGAACAUCUACAUCGGACUGUUGAGUAAUAUGUUUUCCCCACACAACAACAUGGAAAAUGGAGAGGCUUUGGACUAUUUCUGGGGGGCUCCAGCAAAUUUGAAACAUUAUGAGUGGCAGCUGUUAGUUGGAAAUCAGUGGCUGCGAAUUGAGAACGACCACGUGAUCGAGACCCACUACUGCCAUGCAGGAGCUAAAGGAAUCACCAUCAACACUCACCACGGGAAGGUGUUCAUAGACUUUGAUAAGUUACAGAUUCUGACUGGACCUCUGAAGGUGCAGAGACUUAGCUCCCUACCUCCAGGCCAGACGGAGGACGUAGGCUGGUACUUCAGAGAUGACCAGCUGUGGCGUGAAUAUGGAUCGCAGACCUCCAGCAGGUUGUCCUCCUCAAUCAGCAGUAGAGAUGUUGAGCAUCAGUUCACUCUAAACCCUCAGGGAUCCCUCACCUUCACCGUGGGUUCAACAAGCUACAGACUUGACUUCUCCACCAUGACUCAAACAAACUGCACCACAGGCCUGCGCAGGAAUGUACGCAGGCGACCAAAAUUCGCUUCCAACACAAGGAGCCUUUACUCUACCUCAGCUCUUCCCAUGGCUUCCUCCUCCCAGCUCACCAAUGGGGGCUACAAGUGGGAGUUCAUGGGAGAAGAGGGGGAAUGGACAGAAUACCAAGCACACGUAUGUUCACUUGACAGCGCUGCCAUUGAGACACAAUACCAACUGAAUCCACAGGGCAAGCUCUACUUCAAUAUCAGGAGAUUCUCAUACACCCUGGAUUUUUCAACAAUGUGUCAAAUCAACAACCAAAUCGGGACUGCAAGGGCAGUGAGGAGGACUGCUGACAAUGGGAGUCAACAGGACAGCAGUUGGGGCUCACAGCCACGAUGGCAGUUUCAAGAUAUCGGUGGAAAAUGGAAAGAUUAUUGCAAAGGUCGUAGGCAGUGCAGCAUGUCCAGUCAGGACAUUGAGCUCGAGUACCAGAAGAACCCAUCAGGCAGCGUCAUAUUUACCACCAGCAACUUUAGCUAUGAGCUUAACUUCUCGGCCAUGACUCAGAUGAACCUGUCCACAACCACCACCAGAUCAGUGCGACGGCUCAACCAGUGACUGUGGGAUCCGGUUUGAUGUCGAUCUUCAGAAAUUGCCUCACUGCUUGCCUGCAGGUUGUCUCUCAUGUUAGACUGAUUCUGUGCUGUUUUUCACAAGCUGCCGUGCUGAUUGGAUGACCUUGCAUGACUGUUAUUCAAGCACGGACAGACAUUUACUGAAAGGUGUGAGGGAUUCUUUGUUCUUCUCAGGGCCUAUGAUUACAAUUGCAUUUUUUUUUUUGCCAAUUUGUUGUGAAUGCACUAAUAUUUUGUACCUUUUUACAAGAUAGUGUACCUUGCUUGUGCCUUGAAUAGUAUCUUCCUGUAGCCUCUACCAUCUCCGUUGUUGGGUUUAGGGCUUGGGCUAGGUUAUCAAUAUAAUUAGAUUAUGAAGAUAUCUGGCUGAUAACUGUUUGGUUCCACCAAUUUUACACAUAGCGUUGUGUUUACAGGUCUUGGGGAGUACAGUUUCAUAUGUGAGAAAUCUGAUAAACUGCCUUAAAUGAGGGGAAACGGACUUUGACACGCCACCUCUUUUAGCCUGGGUUCUUUCACACACAGCAGCCCACUUCUUGCAAUAACUGUAUUAAAUAGAUUGCAACAACCCAAAACUGCCCAAGAUCCAUCGGGGGAGAAUGCAGUGCCGCCCUUUUUUGGUAUCAUAUAAAUGUUUUUGUUAUUAUUUUAUUCUUAAUAGUGCUCCACAAGUGGAAGGAUGCAUUGUUUUCUGCAAGUAGUAAGCAGUCGAGAGUCUAGUACAGUGCUUAAUGUAAAAUAAUGGAAUGUUAAUGUAAAUAGUAAUUCAUGAAUACUGCCUUGUAAUCAGUGAAUUUCAGAAGAUACCUCUUUUAACCUCAAACCAAAGGGAAGUUAACUUUCAUGUGUAAUUAAUGGAGAUGUUCAUUAAGCUGCUAUGCAAUCGCCAAUACACUUGGGUUUUUUGUUUCUUUUCUAAAUGAAAGUGCCUGACACUCCUCCGUCUGAUGCAGUAUUUUAAAGCCAUCACAUAAAUAACAACCUGCCUUUUGAGACUGAGUGUGUACUUUCCUUUACAGAUUUUCAGCUUUUUCCAAACUUUGUUUUAGGGGAGGUCACAGUCUCAGACUUUAAAAAAAACCCUGACCUAUAUAAUAUUCCAGCACCAAUAUGUUUAUCUCUGUUUAGCUUUGUUGUCCUUGCUUUAGCUGUAUGUCUGUAUGUACCACGCUGCACACUGUUCUUGGUUGGUUUUGAAUUGUUUAUAUAUUUAUAUUACAGCUUAUGGUGCUUGGACUAUUUGCUACGGACAGACACAGUGCCUAUGUGUUGUUGUUUUUUUUCAAAUGUGUGUUGGUUAAUAAAGAUUAUUAACUGGA